CGCCACCCGAUUUUGAGAAGCUGUAAUUAAGACUUUUGCAUUCAUCCGCAGUCAAAAACGAACAAGAAAAGCGGAAAAAAAAGGGAAAAUAAUUAGAAGAGGAGGAAGAGGGAAAAUGGGGUUCUUGCUAAGGUCAGCGGCCACCAUCAAAACAGCCGUCGCAGCUUCUGCUAUCCCCGCGGCUCUGGCCUUCUCGUCCCAUCGUCGCUGUUCCCCCUCAUCAUCAUCAUCUUCUUCUUCUUCUUCCACUUCCACCGCCUGUUCUUGCUCUGUCCGCUUCCCCAAGUUUCAGAACCCGACCUUCGUGUCUCUCUCUCUUUCUUCGAGCAACUUGGGCUCUUCUGCGACUGCAAGAGACCUCGAUCACGCUCCCCCGGCUCUUCACAUGGACGCGCCUGCCUCUGAUUUCAAACCCACCUCGCAGAAUGGUGCUGUCUUGCCGGAGCUACUUACGGAGUUUAUGGUUGAUAUGAAGUGUGAGGGUUGUGUUAAUGCUGUGAAGAACAAGUUGCAGACUGUCGAGGGGGUGAAGAACAUUGAGGUGGACUUGAGCAAUCAAGUGGUUCGGAUUUUGGGUAAUUCACCUGUCAAGACUUUGACGGAAGCGUUGGAGCAGACUGGCCGUAAAGCCCGUUUGAUAGGCCAAGGUUUGCCAGAAGAUUUUCUAAUAUCUGCCGCUGUAGUGGAAUUCAAAGGUCCGGAUGUUUUUGGAGUAGUUCGCUUUGCUCAAGUGAGCAUGGAAUUGGCUAGGAUUGAAGCCAAUUUUAGUGGGUUGUCUCCUGGGAAACAUGGUUGGUCUAUCAACGAAUAUGGUGAUUUGACCAGAGGGGCAGCAAGCACUGGGAAGAUUUUCAAUCCGACUGCUGAAGCAACUGCGGAUCAGCCCCUCGGUGACCUGGGAACACUAGCUGCCGGUGAGAAGGGUGAGGCUUUCUUCUCAGGCGUCAAAGAGAAGCUACGAGUUGCCGAUCUCAUCGGACGCUCUGUAGCACUCUAUGAAAGAGAGGAUAAAUCGGACGCAGGUAUCGCAGCUGCUGUAAUUGCGAGGAGCGCCGGUGUGGGGGAGAACUACAAGAAGCUCUGUACGUGCGACGGGACGACCAUAUGGGAGUCAAGUAACAAUGAUUUCGUCACCAGCAAAGUCUAAAUUCAUAUGAGAUCUCGCAGUCAUAAUAUAUUCUUAGAAUGGCAUGUAUCGACACGGGGGUUUGAUUUGUUAGUAUCAAUACGAAACGAAUAGACUAAAUUACUUUGCCAUUUGUAUGUGCCGAUAAGAGUAGUUUAGAGAUUUGAGUGGUUGCUAAAUGCGGUAGAAACUUACUUUGUUGUGGUGGCACGGACAAACAUGAGUAAAUUCACUCGUCAUCAAUUUUGUGACGGUA